AUGGCGGAUUGUGCAUCGGAGGUACGGCACUCAUCAGCGAGUAACGAGUGUGGAUUGAAUCAAAAUAUAACAAUGAUUAACAAUGGACGUGUACCCCAGCACGGUAUUACAACUCAGAAUCCCAUCGGUCAGGGGCCACGAAGUGUUACUAUUUAUAAAACAGAAACUGGGUUUGGAUUUAAUGUACGUGGACAGGUGAGCGAGGGUGGUCAGUUGAGGAGUAUAAAUGGUGAACUUUAUGCACCACUCCAGCAUGUCAGUGCUGUUCUGCCUCAUGGAGCUGCUGAGAAGGCUGGAGUCAGGAAAGGAGAUCGAAUUCUCGAGGUAAAUAAUAUUAAUGUGGAAGGAGCCACUCACAAACAGGUGGUAGAUCUGAUAAAGUCAGGGGGUGAUGUCCUGACGUUGACUGUUAUAUCGGUGACGCCCCAGGAAGCUGAACGACUGGAGCCAUGCGAAGAUCUAAGUUAUCAAUCAGUAGAUUACAGUGAGAAACGCUCACUACCAAUUAGCGUGCCUGAUUAUCACGUGCGUGAACGCAGACACGAGAGAUAUGUUGUGUUCAAUGUGUACAUGGCAGGCCGUCACCUCUGCUCCAGAAGGUAUCGAGAGUUUGCUGCUCUACACAUGUCACUAAAAAAAGAAUUCAUCGGUUUCAAUUUUCCAAAAUUACCUGGCAAAUGGCCUUUUCAAUUGAGCGAGCAACAAUUGGAUGCCAGACGAAGAGGUCUCGAACAGUAUUUGGAGAAGGUCUGUGCAGUGCGUGUGAUAGCUGAGAGCGAUGCAAUGCAAGAAUUUUUGACUGAUAGAUUGGAAGAAGAUGGCGAUCAAGGGCCAGCAGUUGAUUUAAAAAUACUCCUGCCAGAUCGUGAAGUUGUAACUGUCACUGUUGCUAAAGCAGCACUAGCUAAAGACGUUUACGAAGCGACAUGCUGUAAAAUUGGAUUGGACAAUGAAACCGCCAAGUAUUUUUACCUCUUCGAGAUUGUCGAGUAUAAUUUUGAACGUAAAUUGCAGCCUCACGAGCAUCCCCACACCCUUUACAUUCAGAAUUACUCGACUGCCAGUGCCACGUGCCUGGCAAUACGCAGAUGGCUAUUCAACAUAUCUAGAACCCUGAGUGAGCAGGCACUCACCUGGAUCUUUUGGCAGACUGUUGAUGAAGUCAAUCGUGGUCAUAUCAAUGCUGGAGAGAGAUUGUACCAGUUGAAAGCCCUUCAGGAUGCCUCCAGAAAGCAUGAGUACUUGAAACUGGCUAGGGAACUGAGUGGCUAUGGGGACAUUGUAUUUCCCCACUGUGGCUGUGACUCCAGGAAAGAGGGGCACGUUGUGGCUGCUGUGGGUGCUGGAGCCUUCAAAUUGCACGCAGCCAAGGAAGAUGGAACACUAGAGUCUCAGGUCGUUGAAUUCCAAUGGAGAAACAUCACCCGGUGGGAGGUGGACGAGGAGGGCAUGGCCUUCUGCUUCCAGUACACGAGGCAAGACAAUCGACCCCCACGAUGGCUCAAAGUUUUUACCCCCUAUUAUACGUUCCUGCUGGACUGUUUCGAGCGAAUAGCCGAGGAGUCGAAGUGGGAAGCGGGCGAGGAAUGACAAAAAACAAUUGUAAAUUGCAAAAAUUGAAUCAUUAUCCCAUCCCCACACUUUGUACUGUAAAUUUCCACGACUACCCGAUGCUUCAAUAUUUUCUUUCUCCUGAAUUUUAUGCGACAAAUUUGCUAGUCUACUUUAGAAUCACAUACUAUCCUUUUUGUAUAUACUUUGAAGAAGGAAAAUGAAGGAAAUUGCAACUAAAA